GACCGAGUCUGACAGCCAAGCUGAGAUGACUAGAGUCAUCGAAGAAGGCCUCGAGGAGAUGAAGCAACAGAUGAGCAAUGUUCUUCGUGAACACCGCCGACAAUCGGCAACUACGGUCGCUUCCAGAGAUUCUUCAAUUGAUUACAAGGAGAUCUAUAACACCAUGAGAGCAGCCCUCAAGGACUCGCAAACCAACAAGCCCCGCGCAUCCGACCUCCGCAGAGAAGACGUAGUGCAAGCCGUCAAAGACGCCUGGGAAAAGUACAAGCCAGAGAUCGAGAUCCAGCAGAUCGGUCUCGAACGGGAUGAGAUCUUGGCGUGCCUCCAAGAGGGACUUCGUGCAUACGCCCCACGCGACGAUCGCCCCCCGGGUGCCACUCGCGACGAGGUGUUCAAGGCCGUCGUUGAGGGUUUAAAGCAUUUCGUGCCUCCGCAGGUCGAGACCCCCGCAACCAUCUCCCGCGACGAAAUUCUCGACGCCGUCAGAGAAUGUCUCGAGGAGUUUGAGUUCCCUGUGGCCCCAUCGUCCAUUAGCGCCAAGGAAGAGAUGCUGGACGCUGUUAGAGAAGGCCUUCACUCAUUCGACUUCCCCAUGCCGCAGCCCCCAGCGCCGCGUAGUCCCGAUUUGACGCGAGACGACGUCCUGGAUGCCGUCAGCGACGGACUCCACUCGUUCGACUUCUCUGUUGUUAACUCCUCCGCUCUAGUUCCUCAGUCCUUGUCAAAGGGGGACGUGGCGGAUGCUGUGAGCCAAGGUCUCAAAUCGCUGGAUCUCGCAGAUGAGCUAGUGGAUGCCGUCAGGGAAGCGCUCGAUUCGGCUGAUAUUCCCCGUGAUAUGCAGCAGGCCGUGCAGGCGGGGCUUCGAGCAUUCGACUUUUCUGCUAUAUAUACGUCGGCCAUGGUGCCACGCUCCGAUCUGUCUAGAGUCGAUGUUUCGGACGCAGUCAAGGAGGGCCUUGACUCGCUGAACCUCCCAGCCAACGUCACGCAUGCAGUGAAUGAGGGACUUCGUUCUUUUGACUUUUCCUCGGCAUACUCUUCUGCUCUCGUCCCACGCUCGAACAUAUCAAGAGUCGAUGUUACGGAUGCCGUCAGGGAAGGCCUCAAGUCGUUCAAUGUCUCCGGCGACGUAGCCCACGCAGUCAAGGAAGAGCUCCGUGCUUUCGACUUCUCGGCUAACUCGUCGGCUUUGGUCCCGCAUUCCAGCCUGUCGAGAGGUGACGUUGUUGAUGCGGUGAAGGAAGGCUUAGACUCGCUACGCCUACCCAAAGACGUUGAAGAUGCGGUGAGGAGGGGACUCCAGUCUUUUGACUUUCCUUCUUCGCAGUCAUCAGCGCUAGUACCUCUGUCUUCCAACAGCGAAGAGCUUGCUCAACGACUUGAGGACAUCAAGGCAUACUUGCAGGCCGAGUUCAAGGCUGUUUCAGAGGAGGCGAAGCAGAACACUGCUGCCAACGGCAGAGACACAGAGCAAGUUCUUGAUGCCACCAAAGACGGACUCGAAAGGCUGAGGCAGGAUAUUGAAAGCUAUGUCGACCGUGCAAGGGGCGAGACAGAUCAAGAAGAGUUCAUGGUCAACCUCGUCCGUACGCUCGACGGCUUCCGCGACGAAGUGGCCGAACUCAUCACUCGGUCAUCCGAUAGUUCGAAGGGGAUGCUCAAGGAAGAGAUCGAGUCCCUCAGAGAUAUUGUCAACUCCUCCAUGGUUCCAGCCUUGCCCCAGUCCGGGGGUCAUAAGGAACUCCUCGAAGCCUUGCAGGGGGGUCUCAGCGGCCUUCGGAGCGAAAUCAGCACGCGGCCGAUUGCCGGUCUCACUGAGAUUCUCGACGCACUGCAAGAGGGCCUAGGCGAUAUUCGGGCCAGCAUUGACCGACUUCAGAACAAGCCUACAGAUCUAACCGCAAACGACGAGAUCCUUGACGCGCUGCGAAACGGGCUUGACAGCGUCCGGUCAGACAUUGAUGAUCUUCGCGAAGAGAGCAAGAAUGACCGUGCUCUGGCUCCGCUCAACGAUAAUGCCAUAGUACCCGCUGAGCAGGCUGUGAAGCACGAUGACAUCAAGAACCUCGAGGUCCUGAUUAACCAACUCGGGAUGAAGAUUGAGGCCAUCGAAUCAACCCCGCCGCCCGUUUUUGAGUCGCUCUCCAGGGAGGACCUGGCUGGGAUGGAAGAGGCUCUCCGAAACGUGGCGGAAUCUGUCGCCGGAAUAUCCAACCGAGAGCCCUUUGAGGCCUUGGACGAGAGGCUCAGGAAUGUUCAGGAUUCCAUUGCGGAAAUGGCUUCCCAAGAGCCGCCUCUACCUCCUGCGCCCGCCAGCACUGACGCGGCCACGCGUGAGGAUGUUCAGGCCAUUGAGACAAUUCUCCGGAACACCAAGGCGUGCUUGGAUGAUCUUAUUGACGGCGAUCAAGCUGUCCGCAAAGAUCACAUCGAGACUCUAGAAGCUCUGAUUCUAGAAACACGCGAGAACCUCAGCGGUCUCUCCUCGCACAUGGAGAUCCUCUCUCGCAAGGAAGACGUAACCAUGGUCGAGUCGCUCGUGACGCAGGUUAUAUCUUCCUUCGACGAGAUGAAGGAGCGCCACGAAAAGGCGCUCGAAGACCCAGAAAGGGUCACCAAGACCGAUAUCGACGCCAUCGAGGCUGUUUGCCUCGACACGAAGACGGUCAUUGAGCAAAUUGUGAAAUCGGAUCUCGCUACUCUUCCUUCGAAAGAGGACGUCCAAGUUCUAGAAACUCUCCUGAGAGAGUACAAGGAGAAUGUCGACCUCAACGCCGACGUCAACGCCAAGGCAAUCGAAGCACGACAGGUUGAGACCGUCAGUGUCGGUGAGCGCGUGACUGAGGUCAGGGCUGCACUUCAGGAGCUGCAAGGUGUUGUAAAAGGGAAGCUCGAGGACGGUGCCAAAGGAAUUGAUGCCAUCAACGGCGUACUUGACUCCAUGAACGACACUAUUCAAAAGAAUGCCAACAUAAGCGACGAGCUGAAGCAGCUCUUCGACACCAUGAAGGACGAAUUCGAAGAAUCCAGGGCUGGCGUCGUCGGUGCCAAGUUGGAGGCGGACGAGAAGUUUCAAUUCACGACUGACACGGUCCUAGCCAGGGUUGACGAGCGCAUCAGCGACCUGCUAGCCAAGUACGAUGAGCUCCAGCUUGCUCAGGAAGAGCGGGCCGCCAGGGAGGAGACCAGAGACAUUGAGAUGGAGGCCGCGGCCGUCAAUACCAAGGCCGUCGCCGAGGAGCUGAGAACUCUUGUCGACACCCUCGGCACUGCUGUCACAGACUCGCUCGAGAAGAUGGAGGAGGCUUCCAAGACGGUCUUCGACCGCGUGGAGGAUCUCGUCUGCAAGUCGGACGAAAAUCACACCGACGAGAAGGUCGAGCAUCAACUCACGCGAGAGCAAGUCCGGGAGGCCAUCGGCAAGGUCGAAGGGCUGCAGAGCCAUGUCUCGGAAUACCAGCCCAAGAUCAUGGAGACACUUCAAGAUGUGCUCCUCGUUGUUGGCCAACAUUACGAGCACUCCAAAACCUCUACUGUGUCCCUGCAAGAGAAGAUUGAAGAAGCCAAGCCGCCAGAGCAGCCACUUCUUCCGCCCCCCGAGAAGUAUGACGACAAAGUCGUGCUUGAGAAGCUCGACCAGCUUGUUGGACACACCGAGGUUGCUGGCAAGGCUUUCGCUCAGCUUGAUACCCUCGACAAAGUACAUGCUCAAGUCAAGCAGACUGCAGCCGAGCUUGCUGCAUUCAUCGCCGCCCAGACACAGCGGAUUGCCGAUGAGCAUGAAGAUAGGGAAAAGACUCUUCAGGACACCAUAAUUGCUCUAGAGCGCCGGCUAGCAGAGAAGGAGCAAGCGGAAGCCAGUGUUGCCAGUCUUAGAGAGGAGGAGAUGCGUCUAAAAGACAGCAUAAAUGUGACCCUUCGACAUGAACAGGAGCAGAUCAAAGAAAAGUUCCUCGCCAACCUCAAAGAAGAAGAAUCUCGACUCAAGGAUAUGGUUGCCAGCCUGAAGGAAGAGCAAGACCAACUUAAGGAGACUUUCGUCGCCAACCUGAAAAAUGAGCAGACCCGGAUGGUUGAGAUGAACGCCGCUCUGAAGGACGAACAAGAUCAACUCAAGGAGUCAUUCCUCUCAAGCAUGAGGGAGGAGCAGUCCCGACUCAAGCAGAUGAAUGAUGCUCUCAGGGACGAGCAGCUUACCCUCAAGGACGCGUUCCUAGCCAACCUUCGAGAAGAGGAGUCUCUCCUGAAGGAAGUCAAUGGGGAUCUCCGGGCCGAAGAAGGCCGUCUGAGAGAGAGCCUCGUGGCCAAUUUCCAAGAGGAAGAGGCACGUCUGAGAGAAGCCAACGCCUUGUUACGACAGGAGCAGGAAAGCCUGAGAGCCAACUUGAAGGACGAACAAGACCGCCUCAAGGCCGAACUCCUCGCUAGUCUGAUCGAAGAAGGUGCCCGCUUGAAGGAGGCCAACACUGCUCUGAGAGCAGAGCAGCAACAGCGCGAGGCUGAGUUCCUAGCAUCUUUCAAGGCAGACGAGCAACGACUGAAGAAGGACCUUCAGGAGUUGCGCAGUGAACAAGAAGAUCUCGCACGCCAGAAGAUCCGGCUGUCAGCCGAGCUUUCCUCGCUAGACACUGCGCUCCGUCUCCGCCGCGAGGAUCUUCGCGAUAUGGAGGAGCGUGCCGAAAGCCUUGAGCGACGCAUUCUCGAAGGCGUCAUGGAUCACUCACGCGUCCUUCUCAUGGCCAAGACCAGCCGAGCCAAUGGGCGAGAGUCGAUGAGCCGGAAGCGUGUCUCUUCCCAGAAAAUGACGGAGCCACCGGUAGUCAACAUACCGACGCCCGAGACGAGCAAAUCUCGCACGGCAAUCAACAUGGCUAUGUCUGCGAAGAGCAAGGUGAACGCGCCGAGCCCGGUUGGCGCGUCCCGCCGUAUCCUCUCCCUCAGUCAGAUCUCCAGCAAUGUGCCCAGCGGCGGAAUGAAGCGAAGCCAAAGCGUUAGAACCGCCGUCGGCCCGAAACUCCGCAAGACCAGCUGGGCAGCCGGGAGCAGACUUCCCACCCCUAAGGGUUAUGGUGACUUGGACAGGGAGACUGUCAAAGAGAACCUUGCUCUCAAGGAGAGCGAGGAGGAGCACGACGUCAGCGAGUUCAACGAUGCGUUUGACAACCAGCCUCCAGUUGAUAUUAUCAUCUCGUCGGCAAAUUCCGUCGCCGGCUCCGAGCAUGGGGACACGGCUUUGUGUUUGGCCACUGACGGGCCCACUGACGAGCCCACUAACGAGCCCGCCGAUGAGCCCGCCGAUGAGCCGCUGGACGAGCCCCUAGACGAGCAUACGGAUGAGAGAAACCGCGAGUUGACCCACGAAGAAGGCAGUGAGCCCGACACUCAUAGACGAUCAAGCCGUGGGACAGUCAUCACGAACUCAGAGAGCUACACAGGCUCCGAGGGCUAUUCGGAUGACGACGAUAGCGACCACGAUGAUGCCGCGAGCGACUGGACAGAGAGCGCUGCGGGGAGAGAUUCGCUUGGCAGGGACAGCGAUGUCAGCACGGCAGUAGAUGGCGGGAGAAACGGGCAGGUUGUGCUUUAUACCAACUGAUGGACAGGAGAACAAGAAAGCCUGGAAAAAGUUUUGUUUCGACGGCGACACACCGGGAUUUUCAGGGCUGAACUCGUAUGGGCAGAUUGAUUGACAUUACCCUAGCCCCCUUUUUUGCAUGUCUAGUUCUUGUUGUCUUGUUUUUCUUUUGACCUUAUGCCGUAUAAUGACGCCUUUCUUGGACGGGCACUUUUUUUCAGGGAACCUCCGCGUCAGUUGGUUCUCGGACGUGUUGGGCGAGGAGUAGGAGUAAGCAGGAGCUGGGUCAUGUUUUUAUCUACGGAUACUUGAGGGUAUAUCCACCCAUGCCCGUGGAUGGACGGAUGGAUGGGUAGGGAUUAGUAGGACUUGGACCUGGGGGUUUCUGUUUCUGUUUCUGGUUCCAGCUGAGACUACUGGUAUACAUACAUACAUAGUCUGCGGGCCGCCUGUAUGUCUAUAUGUUCGUGGAAUGUUAGUUCACUGUUGUUGAUUAAUUGUAUUUUGAUGAUGC